GCAGGAAGUUUGAAAAGUUAUGAAGAAUUAUGUUCCAGCAACAAGAAAUUGAAAGUAUUUCAAGCAGACCCCUUUGAUUAUCACAGCAUAACGGAUGCUUUGAGGGGAUGUUCUGGCUUGUUCUACUCCUUUGAGCCUCCUUCUGAUUACUCCACCUAUGAUGAAGUAAUGGCGGAAGUAGAGGUGAGAGCAGCUCACAAUGUGCUGGAAGCAUGUGCCCAAACAGAUACACUAGACAAAGUUGUUUUUACUUCAUCCGUCACAGCUGUUAUAUGGAAUGACGAUCGCAACACGACGUCGUCUGAUCUUGAAGAGAGAAAUUGGAGUGACAUUAAUUUUUGCAAGAAGUACAAGUUAUGGCAUGCAUUAUCGAAAACGCUAGCUGAGAAAACAGCGUGGGCAUUGGCGAUGGAUCGAGGGAUAAAUAUGGUAUCAAUAAAUGGAGGGUUGAUGAUGAGUCCUGAUUUGACCAUCACGAAUCCGUACUUAAAAGGAGCGGCUGAGAUGUAUGAAGAUGGAUUGUUUGUUACAGUCGAUCUCAGGUUCAGUGUUGACGCACACAUUUGUGUGUUUGAAGAUGUAUCAUCGUACGGACGCUAUCUCUGCUUCAACCACGUCAUCAGUUGUAACAACGAAGCACACAAGCUCACCCGCAUCCUAUUGCCGCCCUCUGAUAAUGCUCCUCCUCUAAGUUUGGAGGAUACAAGAGUCCAUCAACAGAGAAUAAGCAACAAGAAAUUAAACAAAUUGAUGGUAAAUUUUGAGGGAAGGCUUCAAGUUGAUUGUUCAAAGGCAUAGACUACUAGAAUAUCUAUUUGUU